AUGCUCACAGACCUGGAGAGGAAGCGGGAGGCGGAGCAGAAGGAGCUGCAGGACAAAAGGGUCAGGCAAUACGAGUCUGAGCAGGCGCGUGACCAGGCGGCGCGCUCCGAGCAGGCGAAGCAGCAGCAGCAGCAGGAGGAGCGCCGAAGGCAGCGGGAGGAGAAGCUGCAGAAGCUGCAGGAGGCCCAGCGAGAGCAAGAGGAGCGGCGGACAGCCAGGCUGGAGGAGAAGCAGCGGCUGCAGCAGCAGCUCACCGGAGCCUUCACGGCGCGGCAGCGCAGCAACAUGGACAAGAUGCAUAGCCUCCACAAGGAGCUGGAGGCAAAGCGUUUGGAGGCCAGAGUCAGCUCUGACCAGAUGAAGGAGCGGCGCCGCUCGGAGGUGGAGCAUAAGGCCCGGAGCAAGAGUGAGAAACUGGAGGGCCUCGAGAGCGACAGGCAGAAGCUUUGGGAGCUGCGGAAGAACGCGCACCGGGAGGCCCAGAAGAUUUUGCGCACCGCCAAGGCGGAGGUGCAGAAGCAGGCGGCGAGCUCCAGGUACAGCGUGAAGUGGUUGGAGGACCAAGUGGGGCGUUUGGAAGCAGACGCCAGUUUGGGGGCCCUGAGCCAGAGCAGCUCGCAUGCUUCCUUGCACGAGGCCUGA